CGCAGCCGCUGUCUCGGUCCCCGCCGCCGCCGGGCCCUGCAGCCACCGGGCGCGCGCAGCCAGCCAGGUUGGCAGCCCAUUCAGCGGCUCAGGAGGCAGUAAGCACACUUCCCACCCAGAAUCGGUCACAACUGCUCCCAGCAGGCAAGGCAUGACACCUCGGGAGAGUCACUUGCCGCUGACUGCCCCCUGGCCUUGCAGGCUGUGAAGGGCUGUGUCUGGUUUCUGUGUGCGCUGGACCCCCGAGGACCCCUCUUAUGCACUCCAGCACCCCCAUCAGCUCCCUCUUCUCCUUCACCAGCCCCGCAGUGAAGAGACUGCUCGGCUGGAAGCAGGGAGAUGAAGAGGAGAAGUGGGCGGAGAAGGCAGUAGACUCUCUAGUGAAGAAAUUAAAGAAGAAGAAAGGCGCCAUGGACGAGCUGGAGAGAGCGCUCAGCUGUCCUGGGCAGCCCAGCAAGUGCGUCACCAUCCCCCGGUCUCUGGAUGGGCGGCUGCAGGUGUCCCACCGCAAGGGUCUGCCCCAUGUCAUUUAUUGCCGAGUGUGGCGCUGGCCGGAUCUCCAGUCCCACCAUGAGUUGAAGCCGCUGGAGUGCUGUGAGUUCCCAUUUGGCUCCAAGCAGAAGGAGGUGUGCAUCAACCCUUACCACUACCGCCGGGUAGAGACCCCAGUGCUGCCUCCGGUGCUGGUGCCACGGCACAGUGAAUAUAACCCCCAGCUCAGCCUGCUGGCCAAGUUCCGCAGCGCCUCCCUGCACAGUGAGCCGCUCAUGCCACACAACGCCACCUACCCUGACUCCUUCCAGCAGCCUCCGUGCUCUGCGCCCCCUCCCUCGCCCAGCCACGUGUUCCUGCAGUCCCCGUGCACCGCCAGCUACCCCCACUCCCCAGGAAGUCCUUCGGAGCCCGACAGCCCAUAUCAGCACUCAGACUUCCGGCCCGUCUGCUACGAGGAGCCCCAGCACUGGUGCUCAGUGGCCUACUACGAACUGAACAACCGAGUCGGGGAGACCUUCCAGGCCUCCUCCCGCAGUGUGCUCAUCGACGGCUUCACGGACCCCUCCAAUAACAGGAACCGAUUCUGUCUUGGACUUCUUUCUAAUGUAAACAGAAACUCAACGAUAGAAAACACCAGGAGACACAUAGGAAAGGGUGUGCACUUAUACUACGUUGGGGGAGAGGUGUAUGCAGAGUGCGUGAGUGACAGCAGCAUCUUUGUGCAGAGCCGGAACUGCAACUAUCAGCACGGCUUCCACCCCGCUACUGUCUGCAAGAUCCCCAGUGGGUGCAGCCUCAAGGUCUUCAACAACCAGCUCUUUGCUCAGCUGCUCGCCCAGUCGGUUCACCAUGGCUUUGAGGUCGUUUAUGAGCUCACUAAGAUGUGCACCAUUCGGAUGAGUUUUGUGAAGGGCUGGGGAGCUGAGUAUCAUCGCCAGGAUGUCACGAGUACCCCCUGCUGGAUUGAGAUUCAUCUUCACGGACCGCUACAGUGGUUGGACAAAGUUCUGACUCAGAUGGGCUCUCCACAUAAUCCCAUUUCCUCAGUGUCUUAACAGUCACUUCUUAAGCUCCAUUUCUCUAGGAUAGAUGCUGUUGCUGGCAGUGGCUUAUAAGGCUUCAAAUCUGCGACUCAUGGAAGUUUCUACGUACAUGUGUAAAUAUGUAUAAUGUAUACUAUUCAUAUUUUUUAUCACCAGUUGUUUUUGUGCCCUCAUUAACCCAGUGCUGGUACAGUGUGAUUAGCAAAGCAGAUUUUUCAUGCUUAUGCUAUAAGCAGCAGCAACUUCUUUUAGGAGGCAACAAAUGAAAGGCAACAGUGUCGACAGUAUUUGAAGGGUGCUGGCAGAAUAAAGGGCAGUAGCUCAUAUGUCAUUAUAAAGCAUGCUGCGUGGCCUAACGGAGAUAUCAAAACUGUUUGUAGAGCAAAAAUCAAGUUCCAGCAGCACUAGAGCAAAUAACACUAGGAGACAAAACAAAGCCAUCAAACCCAUAUGGUCUAGAUGAUCUCAUUUUUAGUGCUGCUGGCACUAAAAAAUCAACUCCUAUAGUGAAUUGUGGGAGAUAAGCCGCAUAGACUUUAUAUUGUUGAAACUGAAAUACCUGUAGCUGGACUAGUGUGCUGAUAUUCAUGUUACAUGUUAAAUGAGUUUCAAAUGUGAUUGGAAAAGAAACUGUAACGCAGAGGGUCAUGUUGCCCCAGUCUACCACUGUAAUAAAAAAGGAGUCUAAUGAGGGUAAUAAAUAUGACAUGUGCCAUGUUCCAUGAAAUGUGCCGUGUUCCCAGAUAACAUGCUAAGUCCGGGACUAGUCCCAGAACUGCCCAGGGAGACUGCUGCUUUCCACCUAGGAAAUCAGGCUCCUGUUUUCCUGGUUAUUCAUGUCAGACAACCCUGCAGACCUCUGAGAUAGCACAGUGUGCCACAACACAGGGUGUUUGAGUCCAGUGUACGGGAGAAGCAAAUCAAAAAGGGCUGGGCAAAGCAGCAUGCACUUACUUCUGCCUUCUCACAUUCCCAUGCUAAUGUCUCUAGGUCAGAACACUCUUUUGGCCACGUUUUCUUGCCUGUGUGGUGAAUGGUAAGGCCGUUGAGAAAACUUACAUGUUAGAUCAAAUUUAUGAGCCAAUUAGAGUCUCUAUUGAUUAAAAUAUCAAGUGGCCAAAUCAGAUUUUCUCUUAUAAAGCAAAAGUCUGCAACUUGGAAUAACUUCUCAAGGAAAAUGAUAAUCACUUCAUAACCCCUAUAAUGUGGUUGGAACAGUGGUACUGAAUGAUAAGACAUCAUUUAAAAUAUUCAUAAUAUUAAAAGCCUGUUAUUAUUUGGGUGAUACAGGAAAAUCCCCCAAAUUUCUAGGUACUUUCAUAUUGUAUGUAUAUAAUUACCACCUAAUAGACACUGCAUUGCUUGGAAACAUAUGCAGUUGUGCUUGUAACACAAAAUACUUCAGUAAUCAAAGGUUUCUUCACUUACACAUUCUGUCUCAACUCUUUCUAGUGUUAGUGCACAUGGUAGCUUUUUCUCAUUAAAUUGUAUUCAAGGUAGAACUGAUCAUGUGAAAAAGAAAUAUGAGUGAGUUACUACUCCUCACCUUAUAAUGACUAGUGUUAUCUAAUAGAAGCUUUCGUAUAUACAAUAGAAAAUAAUUAUCUUUUACCUUAAAACUAGGUGGCCCUUUUAGAGUUUAGAAAUACCCAUAGCUUAUCCAUUCAUCAACUAUGUAUUGUGCACUUCUUCAUGGUAGAUAUGAUGUUAGGUUCCAUGGAAUCAAAUGUACACAAGAGGUAGCCUAGUCCUCAUGGAGCUGAGAGUUAACAGUAAAACUGUUUGUAUAGACAUAUUCGUAUUUGAGAACUGUAAAAACAAAAAAAGUCAUUUCUCCUUUGCUUGAAAAAAAUGUAAUUGACUUCUUAAAUAUUAUUUCUAUUUUGAAAUUUUUAUUUCCCUUCUGAGCAAUCAGGAAAUGUGUUCCUUGGCUACUUUUCUUCCACAUUGCAAAGUUGUUUUAUUUUCUUCUUGUUUCCUCUUUUACCAGUUAUCCCCCAUCUCCCCUUUUCUUUGAAAAAUCAUUAUAUGAUGAGCCUCAAAUGAAUGCCAUUCCACAGAACAGCUUCAAGCAUACAUGGCUUCAGCUUCUUGAUAUUUCCACAAGCCAUAAGACUCAUCCACUGCUCAUCCUUUACCUUGACAGAAUUAACUGGAUCCGGUGGCCUAUCCAUGUCAUUAGCAACAAAACAAAACAAGUAACCUCCUUGGAUUUUUGUGCAGCUUUAGGAAAUCUGGACAAAAUAUCCCAGUGUACCUGAACUAUUUCUGUGAGAAACAAAUUGUUAAAUUGGCACAUAUCAUGCUCACCAAAAGCCUUUAUUAGGAUAACACUGAAGUUCAGGGAAUUUAGAAUUGAUGAAGCAUAAACCCUUAGGUCAUUGUAGCAGCUAUAUUUAAAUCAGCUUUCCUUUUGCUUUUACUCUAAGAGUUCUCAAACUUUGCAAUGAAAUAUUUGAUUUCAGACUUUUCAGUGUGGUCAUUGAGCACUCAUUUCUUGAAGCAGACAAUCCAAAAGAACUGAAUAGUAUUCUUUUACAGGGUAACUAGCAAGGUUGACAUGGUAAGCAUUUACAUACAUCAGCACUGCAAACCAUGUCUGAAGGUGCCACGGACAGUCAUCAUGAAUUAGAGAAAAGCAACAUUUUGACCUGCUCACAAGACCCAGGAUAUUUAUCGUGUUGUUCGAGUCAGUUUUUUUCUUUCCUUCCUGUUAAGAAAAUGAGAUGUGAAAAAUUUGUUUGUGCUAGUAAUAACUGCCAAUGCUCUGGAGCCAUAAUGAUGUCACUCUGUAAUAUGUAUACUUUAUAUUUUGUUAUUUUUUUAUAAUCAUUAUGAGGAAAAGUUGGCCAAAUACUUAGCAUUUAGAAUCCCCUUUAAUUCUCUUCUAAGGAUGGGAAUGAUUUCUGUUUAAGUAUCUAAUUCUGAUUAUAAUAACCUGCUUCAAUUAUCCUUCUAAUGCACUUAUACUAUUACUGAUUGUUUAUAAUAAAGAAUACUGUACCUGUGUCUUAUAGCUCAUUUUUCUGACAAGCUUCAUGGAAAUAUAUGGAUACCCCCACAACAACACCACAAUAACAAAAGCAUUUAUAAAUAUCAUUUGUUAGACUUAAGCAUCUUCUUAAUGUUGAAUGUGUUUGGAAUACUUGGAAUAUAUAUUCAAGAAAUAAAGCAAAAUGUAACAUGCAUCCCCAAUUUUUUCUUUUCCUGUUAGAUUUAACAGCUGAACUGUAGGACAAGCUAGGUAAUCCUAGCAUAUGUAAAGUUAGUCCAAAUUAAUAUCAAACAAACAAAAAAGGGAACUAUUUCUGUUUGAGUGAACUAAUGCUUUUGAUUCUAGUAAUGUGGCUUAGGUUAUCUUUCAAAUGCACUUACACUGUUAUCUGAUUAUUUAUAAUAAAGAACACUGUACCUGUAUGUCUUUGAGCU